AUGCAAAGGAGGUGCAAAUACAAAAAGGAUAAAUCAGGGAUUAUAAUUGGGGAAGUGAGUCCAGUACAAAAGAGCAAGGAGGUAGAAAAUACCAAUGCAUUUGCAGUACUGGAAGACACUGCAGAUAACCAUGAUAAUACAAAUAAAGAACAAAUGGCACAAGAAGAGACUAGAACAUGGAUAGAAAAGAGUUUCUAUACUAAUAAAAGCCCAACAAAGGACAUAGACAAUAACACAAAUGUCACAGAACAACCACAAGAAGACAGCAGCAAAUCUGGAGAAGAGAUCUACAGCAGUCACACAAGAACAAGAAUGGAGGAUAGCUUACCUGAGGAAAUACACAGUCAGUCACCAAACAGGAAAAUCCACACAGAAUCUACAGCUUCAAAGCUUCAGCAACAGGAGGAUAAACAAAAGAGUCAAAGCAGAAACCAAUAUAGUGCAAACAGCAGCAAGACAACAGCCACAAGCAGAGGGGAACAAAUAAUAUCAGAUGCACAAGAUAACAUGGUAAAAUUUCAGACUUCAGAUCUAAACCAAAUAGAGCAAGGAAGGGAAUACAAUAGUCAUAACAAAGAAGUGACUUCACAAGAAAAUCACAGCUGGUUAGUCAAUAAAAAGAAAGCUUUUACAAGGUUGAUAAAAAUGAAUCAAAAACAUAAUUUUGGAUUUAUUGGUUUAAUGGAACCUUUUCAAGAAUCAGACAGGAUAGAGGAAUAUAGAAGAAGGCUGGGUAUGGAGCAUGCAGUGGCUAAUAUAUCAGGUAAGAUUUGGGCUUUUGUGGAUAAUAUUUUUGACUAUCAUGUAAUGAUGGACCAUCAGCAACAUUUAACCAUCAAAUUGAGAAUUAGAGGAAGUCAAGAGGAGAUGCUAAUAUCACUAGUGUAUGCAAAGUGUACUCAAAAUGAAAGACUGGAGCUAUGGGACUCAAUGGAAGAUGUAUCUACCUCAGUGAAUAUUCCAUGGAUGAUUGGGGGUAAUUUCAAUGCAAUAACCUCAGAAGAUGAGAAACUUGGAGGCCUUCCAGUAACCAUCAAUGAAAUUCUGGAUUUCAGAGGGUGCAUUCAGAGCUGUGGAAUAGCAGACUUGGGGUUUAGUGGCAGCAAAUUUACCUGGUGGAAUGGUCAAAAUGGUGAGGAUUGCAUCUUCAAGAGAUUGGAUAGAUGCUUGGGUAAUCAAAUGUUACAAACAAAAUAUUCUAGUAUUGAUAUCAACCAUCUGACCAGGAGUGGGUCAGAUCAUGCCCCUAUGUUAAUUUCUUAUACAGGAGACAAUAGAAGAAUCAAAAAACCUUUUAAGUUUUUGAACUGGUGGGUAAAGCAGGAAGGUUUUAUGGAAAUAGUUAGACAAAACUGGACAGCUGAUUUUAUGGUAAAUCCUUUCAUUCUUUUUCACCAUAAAUUGAAAAAAGUGAAAGUAGCUUUGACACAAUGGAGUAAAACAACUUUUGGGAACAUAUUUCAUGAAAUUGAAACUCUUGAAGAGAUUAUUAAAGUAAAGGAAAAUCAAUUUCAAAACUGUCCAACAGCUACUAACAGACAAGAAUUGCAUAAAGUCCAAGCUGAUUUAAACAAAUAUCUACACUUAGAGGAAGAAUUUUGGAAACAAAAAGCUGGGAUGCAGUGGUUCCAUGAUGGGGAUAGAAAUACAAAAUUUUUCCAUGCUCAUGUACAGGGAAGAAGGAAAAGAAUGCAAAUCAGAAGAAUUCAAGGAGAAGAUGGGAAUUGGAUAGAAGAAGAAGGGGGAAUAAGUGCUGAAGCCAUCAAAUACUACACUGCUCAGUUCACAAAAGAAGAAGAUCCUAAGGACUAUGAAAUUCUGAAUCACUUACCAAGAAUGAUCUUUGAGGAGGACAAUGUGAUGUUUGAAGCAGAGCCAACUGAAGAAGAAGUGAAGGUAGUGGUUUUCCAACUAAAUAGUGACAGUGCAGGAGGACCUGAUGGUUUUACUGGGGUGUUUUAUCAAACCUGUUGGGAUAUCAUUAGACAGGAUGUCACCAAUAUGAUGAAGGCUUUCUUCUGUGGUGCAGAAUUACCCAGGUUUCUCACCCAUACUAAUUUGGUCUUAAUACCAAAGAAAGAUAUGGUUAAUACCUUCUCUGAUAUGAGACCAAUUAGUUUGAGCAAUUUUGUGAACAAAAUUUUUUCGAGACUGUUACAUGAGAGAUUGGUUGCCAAAGUACCUAAUAUUAUAUCUCUCAAUCAAGCUGGUUUUGUCAAAAAUAGAAGUAUUGUGGAGAACAUACUACUGACUCAAGAAAUAGUAUCUGAUAUAAGGCUAAGAACAAAAGAAGCAAAUGUUGUUAUAAAGUUGGAUAUGGAAAAAGCAUAUGACAGGGUAUCUUGGUUGUUCUUAACUAAGGUACUCAGACACAUGGGAUUUUCAGAGAAGAGCAUAGACAUGGUCUAUAGAAUUGUUAGCAAUAACUGGUACUCUGUUUUGGUUAAUGGGCAACAACAAGGAUUCUUCCAAUCUACUAGAGGAGUAAAGCAGGGGGACCCUCUAUCCCCUACUUUAUUCAUACUAGCAGCAGAGGUCUUAACAAGGAGCUUAAAUGCACUUCAUCAUGAUAUGCAGGUUAAAGGUUUUGGCAUGCCUAAAUGGAGUCCAAAAAUAAAUCAUCUUGCAUAUGCUGAUGACAUGAUCAUCUUUACUUCAGCAGAUAUGGUCUCUUUGCAAAGAAUAAUGAGGAUUUUGAGAAAAUAUGAGCAGACUUCUGGCCAAAAGAUUAAUAUGAACAAAAGUGUUGUUUAUAUGCAUAAUAAAGUAGAAGGAGACAUCAGUAUAAUAGUGGAGAUUGUCACUGGCAUGAAUAGAAAAGAAUUUCCUUUUAUGUAUUUGGGUUGCCCUAUCUAUCAUUGUAGGAGAAAGAAGGAAUUCUUUAAUACUUUGACUCUUAAGAUCAUGAAUAGAUUACAAGGAUGGAAGGGUAAAAUGUUAUCUUUUGGAGGAAGGGCGAUACUUAUUAAACAUGUACUUCAAAGCAUGCCAAUACACAUGCUAUCAGCUGUUAACCCUCCUAUUGGAAUCAUCAGACAAAUUCACAAAAUGUUUGCUCAAUUCUUCUGGAGCAACACAAUUGGGGGCAGAAGUAGACACUGGGUGGCUUGGAAUAAGAUGUGUGUUCCUACUACAGAAGGAGGCCUAGGUGUUAGAUCAUUACAUGAUGUGGCAUUAGCACUGUUUUGUAAGCUAUGGUGGAACUUUAGGACAAAACCUUCCCUGUGGAGAGAUUUUAUGACCAACAAAUAUUGUAAGAAAGAGCAUACUACAGUGGUGCAAUGGAAACAGGGGUCACAGACUUGGAAAAGAAUGCUAGAAGCCAGGGACCUAAUAGAACACCAAAUCUGGUGGCAAGUGAGGAAAGGAGAUUCACUUUUCUGGCUAGACAAUUGGACUGGAUUGGGAGCUUUAUACUAUGUAAAUCCAGGGAAUACUUAUGAUGCAAGUAUUCAAAAUGUUAAUGAAAUGAUAGUGCAGGGGAGGUGGAAUAGAGAAAAACUUAGGGAAGUACUUGCUAAAGAUAUUGUUGAUCAUAUAAUAGACAAUAUAACCAUACCCAAGGAAGAAAGAGACUUUGAUAGACCAUGGUGGAUUCUGGACACAAGUGGAGAAUUUACAAUUAAAUCAACUUGGGAUUUUAUUAGGCAAAGGGGACCAAAACUGGACAUUUACAGGUUCAUGUGGAUAAAGGGUUUUCCUUUUAAAAUUUCCUUCUUCAUGUGGAGAUGCUGGAAAUACAAAAUUCCUACAAAUGAUGUUUUAAAGAAGAUGAACUUUAUUCUGGUGUCAAAGUGUUGGUGUUGUAUAAAUCCUAGAGAAGAGACUAUACAUCAUAUUUUCUUAACAUCUGAGACAGCUAAAAGGACUUGGUCCUUUUUCUGUAAGGCUGCAGGAAUAAGGAUGGAGGGGGUACAACUGCAACAGCUAAUUGUGAAAUGGUGGAUGGCACCAGUUACUAACAGACUGAAACAGGUUUAUGCUGCAGUGCCAUCAAUUAUAAUGUGGGAACUUUGGAAGAGAAGGAAUGGUAUCAAGCAUGGACAUAGAAAGAUUAAUAGUUCAGUUAUAUAUCUAGUCAUAGUUUCUAUCCAAAGACUAGUACAAUAUAGAAAUCCCUCAAUUAGAACUAUCCCCCCUAGAUGGAAAAAUCUGAUCCAAAUGCUAGAGGGAGGCAAGGCAAGAGUGAAGGUAACAAAAGUUAGAUGGAAUCUACCUCCACAUGGGUGGUAUGCUUGCAACACAGAUGGUGCAUCCAGAGGCAACCCAGGGAGGAGUGCCUAUGGUUACUGUGUGAGAGAUGCAGAAGGGAACUUAAUAUAUGCUAAGAGUGAGGAAAUUGGCUAUACCACCAGUAUAGAAGCAGAAAUUGUGGCUCUUUUGGAAGCCUUGAAGUACUGUAAACAACAGGGACUAAAUAACAUCAUUUUCCAGACAGAUUCCCAAGCUAUUCAAAGAAUUUUGAACGGAGAAUGGAAACCUCCAUGGAAUAUUGCAGGUUGGGUAGAUGAGGUGGAGGAAUACAAGAGAAAUUUGGAUGUCAUUUUCAAACAUACCCUAAGGGAAGCAAAUAAACUGGCAGAUGCUUUAGCAAAUUAUGCCCUAGAUGAGGGUCCCCUACAGGCUUAUUUGUUUGAGGAGUUGAAUGUACAGAUGAGAAGAAUCCUAAAUAGUGAUAAGAGUCAAAUUCCGUCUACAAACUACACUUAG